CGCGCUCCCCGUAGCCUGCGGGAGUGCGCAUGCUGCGAAAGGGAAAUUGGCCUCCUCUCUGACGACCAUCUUCUCCCUUCCGCUUGCUAGCUCUCGUCGACCCACGCUCACCGUCCAACAUCAAGCAGCAGCGAUCAAUCGCAUCUACAAAAAAGGACAAUAAUCUACCUUAUCUCCGCUUCUCGUGAGGACAACACCGGGGCGAACAAAAGCGGCCACAAACGUCGUUCAAACGUACCGUUUGUAUUAGUUGGAAGGCCUUGCAGUCUGCAGGAAAGGAAGUUGCAUGUGUGGUAUUGGAUUGGGCUUGGUCCAUUGAGCUUCGAGAUUGAAGGAAUUGAAAAAGAGCAUAUAUCGCGCUCUCGAGCUGCGUUGCUCAUCGACAUUACCGCUCAGCCUUGUACAACUCCAGCUUCAGCCAUUCGUGAUCGCCCAAAUCACGUCCAUCAAACCGAACCAAUGUCAGCAGCACUCGUCAUGCCCACCCCCAUUCCUGUCCCGAGCCCGUUGGACAACUUCCAUCUCUCGUUAGGUGGUGCUCUUCCGCGCGUACGGCGACCGCGUCGUGCAAGCUCUUAUGAUCAGUACACACCUUCUUCUUCUGCGGUUGGUACUGCGUCCACUGGCGAAUCACGAUCCUGGGAAAACGAUUACCAACUGCCGCAACGCCCACAAACGCCACGCACGCUCUCAACCCCCAUCCUUCCCCAUACUCGGUCAAUGACCGCCCCUUCUCUUCUCCUAGCCACACACACCGCGUAUGGCCAUUCUGCAGCACGCAUGCGAACACCUCCCAUCCGACUGAAUCCCCUGGCGCUGGCGCAUAUGUCCAGGAUCGCGGAGAGCGCGGAGGUGCUUGUGCGACAUCUCCACGCUACGCUCGCUAAGCGUCCUGCAGCAAGCUCCCCCGAGGAUAUGCCUCAGGAUCGACCCCGAGCAGGAGAAUCAGGACUGCAGCUCGACCUCGGCCCAUCGCGCGAAGAACUGGUGAACGGAGAGCUUUAUCGCGCUACGCUGCUCAAAGGACUCGCAUCAUUCCGCACCAGCGUGGACGGGAUGAAGCGGGCGCGUCACCUCGGAUCAGCGAAGAGGAGUGCCGUGCAUUCCGUUGCUCCGAGAAGAGUGUUUGGAGCGUCGUAUGGGAAGACAGCUGCGUGGAGACCACGGAGGGGAGCUGUGAUUAGUUUGGGAGGGGACGAACUUCUCCCUUCUUCUGAGAGGGGCGCGUGGGUGGAGGACAUACCGGAUAGACAGGUUGAGGAAAUGGAUGUGGAAGAGUUGGGGGAGAGGAUGGGCGAUAUCCACCUGCAAGACUGAAGUUGCCCCUCCUUCCCUUCACCAUGACCCUGACUAUUGUUACGACUGCGAUUGCACGGAUCGAAGACACACGUAUCUUACCUUGCGUGAUAGCCGUUUCUUUAC